AUGAGCGAGGCGCAGUCCGAGUUGCAGUUUCAAGCAUUUGUAUGGCUCAGACAGCUGUGUAAGAAAGACAAUGUCUGCACGCGAAAUAUCGAAGGAACUUCUGGAAUAUGCCUUCGAGAUCCAAUAUCGAAGGAGAAAAAGUGCCACUGCGGAGAAGGGAGAGCAGGAGCAAAGUGCGAAAAGUACGAUCAGGUUCAGCGAGACAGGGAGGUGAAGGAGAACUCGAUGCUCUUUGGAGUGUCGCUGAUGAUUAUUACGAUGUUUGUUAUUUUGGCGAUGGUGGCGGUAACGAGAUGGUGCUACAUUGACAGAAAGGAAUUGAAAAGAAAGUCGACUGCGCGGCUUGAGCUGUCGAAUAGUGUGAGAAAACAUCUGCAUCGCCUCGAUCCGGUUGCGUCAAGAAGUGAAAGCCGAGUCGAAACAUCGCUCAUCACAUGUGCUGCUGUCAAUGGUAUCCAUUUUCCGAUGUCGAUCCUGAUGAACCGAUCAAUCUAUCACAACGGCCGUGUGGAAAACAUUCCAUUAUCGGCGUCGGAACUCACUGAAUUAUCAUCCGACGAGUGCCGAACUCCUUACUGCUCUAGAAGAUCAAGACAAAAUCACGUUAAUUGUGACACUGCUUCAACGAUGAAUUUCUUAUCCAUCGACGAUAUCAACAUGAAAGACUCUGUUUAA